AUGGAGCUCAAAAAUGAGAAACUAGUCAGGUUCUCUAAUGAUGGAAAGGUUAAUCUUGAGAAGCCAAUGCAAGUUUACAAAUUUCAGAAAAUUCUUAAUCCGAACGAUAUUGAUAUUGAUACUGAUAGUGAUAAGAACAGAAUGAAUAUCAAGUUUCCGAGUUUUGGAAAGUUAAAGGUUUUUCAAGAAAAUCAUGAACCAUGGAAGAAGAGAAUUCUUGAUCCGGGAAGUGAUUUAUUUCUCGAGUGGAAACGAGCUUUCUUGUUUUCUUCCAUACUAUCACUUUUUGUUGAUCCGUUGUUUUUCUAUCUCCCGUCCGUAUCAGUAGAAACUGAUAAUAAGAAUUCGUCAUGCAUGGUUACUGAUUUGAAUUUAGGAAUCGUUGUCACGUGUUUCCGGACAUUCGCAGAUGUUUUCUAUCUGCUGAACAUGGUCAUUAAGUUUAGGACAGCCUUUGUGUCACCGAGUUCAAGGGUUUUUGGAAGAGGCGAGCUUGUCAUGGACUUGAGGUUAAUUGCGAGGCGCUAUUUGAGAUCAGAGUUUUUCUUAGAUCUUUUAGCUACAUUGCCUCUUCCUCAGAUUGUGAUUUGGUUUAUCAUGCCAGCAAUUCGAAGCUCUCAUGCCGAUCAUACCAACAAUGCACUAGUACUGAUUGUUCUGCUUCAAUAUGUUCCUCGAUUGUAUAUGAUUUUCCCUUUAAGUUCUCAGAUUGUUAAAGCUACUGGAGUUGUCACAAAGACGGCUUGGGCCGGAGCGGCUUAUAAUCUUUUACUUUACAUGUUAGCUAGUCACGUGUUGGGGGCAUCAUGGUAUUUGCUGUCAAUCGAAAGGUACACGACUUGCUGGAAAUCUGAAUGCAGAAAUGAAAACUUACCUGUGAAAUGUGUUCUUGACUACCUUGAUUGUAGUAGUAGUAUAAACGAUGCCGGUCGCGUGAAAUGGAUGAAUACUACUUCUGUGUUUAGUAACUGUAAUCCUGAAAGUAGCACAGAUUUCAACUAUGGAAUUUUCGGAAAUGCAGUUCAAAAUAAUGUUCUGUCUUCUGUGUUUAUAGAGAAGUACCUCUAUUGCUUGUGGUGGGGAUUGCAGAAUUUGAGUUCCUAUGGCCAGAGUUUGAGUACAAGCACAUUUGUUUGGGAAACUGCAUUUGCAAUACUCAUAGCUAUCUUAGGUCUGGUUUUGUUUGCUCACUUAAUUGGUAACAUGCAGACAUAUUUGCAAUCUAUUACUGUGAGGCUUGAAGAGUGGAGGCUCAAGAGACGUGACACGGAAGAGUGGAUGAAACAUCGCCAACUCCCGGAGUUUCUUAGAGAGCGUGUUCGGAGAUUUGUUCAGUAUAAAUGGCUUGCAACUCGAGGUGUUGAUGAAGAAACUAUCCUAAGAGGCCUACCCACAGAUCUUCGUAGAGAUAUCCAGCGUCACCUUUGUUUAGACCUAGUUCGACGUGUUCCCUUUUUCUCACAAAUGGAUGAUCAACUACUUGACGCAAUAUGCGAGCGAUUGGCAUCAUCUUUGAGUACCCAAGGCACAUACAUUGUCAGAGAAGGAGAUCCAGUUACCGAGAUGCUUUUUAUCAUCAGAGGGAAACUCGAAAGCUCAACCACAAAUGGUGGCAGAACUGGUUUCUUUAACUCCAUUACCUUGAGGCCUGGUGAUUUUUGUGGAGAAGAGUUACUUGCUUGGGCAUUGCUUCCAAAAUCUACUCUCAACUUGCCUUCUUCUACAAGAACAGUUAAAGCCCUUGUUGAAGUUGAAGCCUUUGAACUUAGAGCAGAAGAUCUUAAAUUUGUGGCAAAUCAGUUUCGACGUCUUCACAGCAAGAAGUUGCAGCAUACGUUCCGUUUCUACUCUUACCAUUGGAGGACAUGGGCUGCUUGUUUCAUUCAAGUCGCUUGGCGCCGGUUCAAGAAGAGAGUCUUGGCAAAUAGCCUUAGUCUGAGAGAAUACAAGUCCUUCAUCGAUGAACAAGCAAGAAAUCGAAUGGAACACGAGAAAGAAGAGCGCGGCUUAGUAACUUCAAACACUGCACAAGUAAAACAGAAUCUCGGUGUCACUAUAUUGGCUUCAAGAUUUGCUGCAAACACAAGGAAAGGGGUUCAGAAGAUCAAGGAUGUAGAGAUGCUCAAGUUGCAAAAGCCUGAAGAGCCAGAUUUCUCAGUAGAGCAUGAAGAUGAUUAA